UAUUUGAGUUGAAAGCUUUCUCCUCCUAGAAUAUAGCCAACCCAAGACAGCCAGACAGCAACUAGCCUGUCUGAAAUUUAGUGUCUCUCUCGAUCACUUCCGAUUUCUCCGAUUGCUUAAAUCCAAUUGAAGCUGAGAAGUGAGAAGCGAGAUGGCUGGCUACAGAGCACAAGAUGAGUAUGAUUACUUGUUCAAGCUGGUUCUGAUCGGAGAUUCGGGAGUGGGCAAAUCCAAUCUGCUGUCCAGGUUCACCAGGAACGAAUUUAAUCUCGAGUCCAAGUCCACUAUUGGGGUCGAGUUCGCCACCAAGAGCCUCACCGUCGACGGAAAAGUCAUCAAAGCUCAGAUUUGGGACACCGCCGGUCAGGAAAGGUACCGUGCCAUUACUAGUGCUUACUACAGAGGAGCAGUGGGCGCUUUACUUGUGUACGAUGUUUCUAGGCAUGUUACAUUUGAGAACGUGUCGAGGUGGUUGAAAGAGCUGAGAGACCACACGGAUCCCAACAUCGUAGUGAUGCUCAUUGGCAACAAAUCGGAUCUUAGGCAUCUAGUGGCAGUUCAAACCGAGGAAGGUAAGGAAUUGGCGGAGUCGGAAGCUCUCUACUUCAUGGAAACCUCUGCACUGGAAGCCACGAAUGUGGAAAACGCAUUCACCGAAGUCCUCACUCAGAUCUACCAUGUCAUGAGUAAGAAGGCCAUUGAUGCUGGCGAUGAUGGUGCCGCUUCAUCUGUUCCUCCUAAAGGAGAGAAUAUCAAUGUCAAAGAUGAAGGGUCUUCUGGGAAACGAGGUGGAUGCUGUUCGAGCUAAAUGAACCUGCUGCACCAUCUUCCUGUACAUUAUCAUUAAAUCGAUGAUUUUACGUUUGGGUUUUGGGUUUCUUUUGUUUGUGGGAAGGCGUGAACAUUAAGGUAGCCAUGAGAGUCGUGCUAAGAAGCACUCUCGCCGAAACUCUUCAAUAUAUAGGCCAUUUGUUCCUUUUGCCAAUAGCUUUCAAGACAGCCAGACAGGUUAUAGAUUUCAUUAAUAUUGCAAUUCUAUUUUCUUCCACGUUUAAGUUUAAGUGUUUUAA